AUGAUGCAUGUGUUUGAGAAGAUAUAUCCUAUGUUUGAUGUUGACGAACGCGUCAAAGUUGUAGUGCUUACCGGUGCUGGCAAAAUGUUCUGUGCUGGUGCGGAUCUUGAGCGAGGGUUCAGUGAAAUGAAGAAGGAGAGGAACAAGGAUCAUCGCAUAGCGGCCAUGCAGGGCUCCGCUGUUGGUUUGGGCAUGACGAUGUCCCUGCCGGCUGCCAUAUGCAUUGGCUGCGAGAAAUCCAAGUAUGGAUUUGUCUUCCCGCGACGAGGUCUAACGAUGGAAUCAAGUUCUUCAUUCUUUCUCCCGCGGUUGAUUGGUUACUCCAAUGCUCUUUAUUUAAUCACAACGGGCGGCACCUUCCCGCCUACGUCGCCGCAUUUUGGGACCUUGUUCCAGGAGACAUACCCUGAUCCAAAUCAGGUAGUCGCGCGUGCGUUGGAGCUUGCUACGGAAGUUGCAGAGAACGUUAGCCCCAUGGCAUCAUAUCUUUCGCGGGAACUCAUGUGGCGUAGCCCAGGGAGUGCCGAGGAGACUCACCUAGUUGAUUCAGCGGUGUUGUAUCAUAUGUUUAGUGGGAGGGACUCAAAGGAAGGUAUCAAAGCAUUCUUCGAGAAACGAAAACCAGUCUUCAAUGCAACUCUUGAUGUUGAUGCACCGCCCAGCUUUCCUUGGUGGUCCGAUGUUGAUACCGGGAGACGUCCGAAGGCAGCCCAGAAUGUGCACAUGUAG